AUGCACAACCAUGAUCUGGCGAAACGAAUACAACCAGGAGCCCAAGCAACUCCUCCUCAGCAGAUCAAAGACCUACAUUGGGGUCAGCUCAACUUUCUCCACACGACAGAUACACACGGUUGGUUAGCAGGUCAUCUGCUGGAUGAUAAUUACAGCGCCGACUAUGGCGACUUUGCCGACUUUGUGCAAAGAAUGAAGGCAAAAGCCGAUGCCCUUGGAGUCGACCUUCUGCUCAUCGACUCGGGUGACCUUCAUGACGGAACGGGCUUUGGCGAUGCCACUACUCCCAACGGCAAAUUCACUUUGCCCGUCUUCAAGAAAUUGCCCUACGACCUACUCUCGAUUGGCAACCACGAGCUAUACACCACCGAAAUCGCUAAUGACACUUACCACAACUUCGCGCCGAAUUGGGCUGGGCGCUACAUCACAUCGAAUGUGGACUUCAAUCUUACGGGCGUUGCUAAGCCCUUUUCUGAGCGAUACGCCUACUGGCAGACCAAAUUCGGUGUCCGCAUCAUGUCAUUUGCCUUCCUGUACAACUUCACCGGCAACAGCAAUGCGUCGGUAGUAACCCCGGUCGGUACGGCUGUCAACCAGUCAUGGUUCCAAGAGCAAGUUAGACGGACAGAUGUCGAUUUGUUCCUGGUUGCCGGACACAUCACCCUCCGCGGUUCGACCGAGUGGGAUCUGAUCUACGCCGCGAUCCGCAAGCACCACCCAACGACACCAAUCCAGAUCUUCGGGGGCCACCGACACAUCCGCGACGCGGCUGUAUGGGAUUCGAACGCCGUGGGCAUCGCGUCCGGUCGAUACUGCGAGACAGUUGGGUGGGUGUCGAUCAACGGUUUGCCCUCAAAUGUAACAAGAGCAAAUUCACCACAGGGCAACGCUACCCGAGUCGCUACGUUGACACCCUCCUCUGUGCCAGGCGUGACACCUCACCGCAACUCCACGAUGUCGUACACAAGACAAUACCUCGACUUCAACCGAUACAGCUUCGAAUUCCACACAGGCACGACCGAAGCAACUUUCAAUUCGAGCGCGGGGGUGAACAUCAGCAAGACUAUCACUAACGAGGUCGACAGUUUACCCAUUUUGACUGAGAAACUCGGCUGCUGCCCGAACAACUACUACCUUGCUCGUGUGCCGAUUAGCAGCAAUCAGUCUCUGUACAAUUACUUGACGACUGAAGUCUUCCCGAAGGUCGUCUUCGACGCCAAUCGCACACACAUGCCCCGUAUCAUUCUCACCAAUACAGGCGGAUUUCGAUAUGAUGUGCUCAAAGGCCCGUUUACAUACGAUGACGCAUAUCAGACUAAUCCUUACCUAAAUAUCUGGCAACGCAUGACGGCGCCAUGGGGCGUUGCUAAAGAUUUACUGGUCAACAUGCAGACCGACAAGGUAUAUAAACGCGCGGUGAAUGAUACCACGCUCGUCAAGACGUUGGGGUACGUGACGAGCGAUGAUUUUGGUAAAGACGGCGAUAAUGUCGUGCAUAUCGAUCAGGGUAGCGCCAAUGUGCCGCAUUAUGUCCAGGGGAAUGUGUCGACUGGCAAUAUCACGGAUGACAGUACGUUGGUGGAUGUCUAUGCGACGAGUUUCUUCACGGCGAGCGCGGCGAAGUACUUGACGGGGAAUACUAGUGAUUGGGUCAAUGCGGAUGGGAAUUAUAGUAGUUUUGAUACUCUGCCUAGGAUGGCAGAGUUGUAUUGGAAUAAGGAUUGUUGA